UGAGGAGGUAGAAGAAGAAGAAGAAGAGGAGGAGGAUGAAGAGGAAUUGGAGGAAGAGGAAGACGACUAGGAAUUACGCAUGACUGUUCAGGUAUCCUUCUUGUGCGACCAGAUCGGCGACCUGGUACUAGAACUUCUGAAGAUGGUUCCAGAUGAAGAGCCGGGAAAUCAAUUGCUGUCCUCGGUCACAAGGCUAAAUAGAUUGCAGUGGAUCACAGACAGCAUCAACAAUUUCGUCUCAGAAAUUCAGGUGAGGGUGUCGAGGGAACAAAUGAUAGAGAGAACACGCAAAGAGAAAGAGGAACAGAAGAGAUUCCUCCAACAGGGCCAGGAGGUGAGGACCUCGGAGAAGAAACAGGAGCAGGAGAGGACCUUGGAGGAGAGGGAAAUCAACGGACAAGUGAUGGUCGCCGGAGGCAGAUUAGUCACUAUGGCAACGGACAGGGGCUUGGAGGGUGAAGCGGUGAUCAGCGAGGCCGCAGCCGCAGCCGCGGAGUACGAGGAGGAGGCUUUUGCUCGCUUCCGUAGGGCCUGGGAGUGUCGCCAAGGUGCCAACAGCUUCGAAGACCUCACUUUGUUGAGUCCCAUGCUCUUUACACACUGUACACCGGGAUUCAAGCCAGUAGACGCUGUCCUCCCAAGGACUAUGCAGAUCUGUUCUAUCAAAGUUACUGACUUGAAAUACUUUAAAUGGCCACUGCAAGUAUAUGGUGUGGUUGCCGCCCGAGAUGCUGUGGAUGGGCGUCGCAACCCCAUCUUCCUUUGUCCAAGGGAUGACUGCCAAAUCCUCAAUGAAGUGGAUCCUUUUUUGCAUUUGACCGGCCCAAUUCGUGCAAUUGUGUCUGAGGAGCCCGUUGACAUUGAAAUCCAGUUAAUAAUAAAGGGCAAAACGGCGUCUGAAGACAGAGCAUUGGUGAGGGAUGCCUUUUUAUACGAUGGUGAUGUCGGUCAUUCUCGUGAUGGUUUCCGAACUAGUAUUAUUGAAAAAACCUUUUGCACACCAGAGUUAUGUUCUCAGCAACUUAAACGUUCGGUUCAAGCCACUAUCUUUGGUGUUCAUGUUGUUGAUGAGAAGUUAACGCCUUUUCAAUAUGGAGUCCGAGUUGUUUUGCUACACAUUUUCUGAGCGUGAGAUUGAAGAAGUCAAUGUGUCCAAGUCAAGGAAAAUUGUAUUGCUUGAUUCAAAAGCUAGAAGAAAGUGUGCAGUUAAAGGUGGUUAUCUAAAUCUGUCAAGGCAAGUUCUAUCCGUAGAAUUCGGCAGAAAGCUAAAAGUUCUUAUUCAAGCAUACACACCGACCGGAGACAUCGCUGCACAAGGACUUGUAUUUGUGGUACCCAAAACAUACAACGCAAGUCAACAUGUAUGUGAGCUUGGCGGCUUCAAGGUGGAGUUUACCAUUGCUUGGUCCCUCCUUGUUGAAGAUGAGGAGCAUAUCUUGAUGAAUGGAUGUGUGGAUCCUUUGGCAUCGUGUCCACCUAUGAACCCCUCUUUUUUCAACGUGGGGCUAUCUUCUUCCAAUGGUGGUUUGUUGAUGUAAGUUAACAAAUAGUCUGUCCGAUCAUGUAAACCAAUAUAUACUAUGAACUAUAUAGUAGUCAAGUUAUUUCCAUGUUGUAGUUAUAUACAUGUUAAUUUUGGGAUGGCAAUACUACGCGACACCGUGUGAGGUCGUACGCACGCAUCAAAUUAAAUCAAGGACCCAUAGUUUGAUGCUAAUUGUUGUUCUUUUUAUCCUUUUGUACUCCAGGAUACCACCGU